UUUUCUAGCUCAUGGUGACAGUGUGACCACUACAUCUUUGUUCUUUCGCAUAGGCAAAUCAACCUUAUAUAAUAUUAUUCCUGAAGUAUGUAAUGCUAUAUGGAAAAUAUUGCAACCAAUAUAUCUUCAAUGUCCACAAGAAGAGGAUGAAUGGCUAAGAAUUGCAAAAGAAUUUAAUGAUAUUUGGAAUUUUCCAAAUUGCAUCGGAGCAAUUGAUGGAAAGCAUUGUCGAAUUCAAGCUCCACCUAAUUCAGGCAGUGCUUUUCACAAUUAUAAGGGUUAUUUCAGUCUCAUAUUAAUGGCUAUUGCAGAUGCUCGUUAUCGUUUUAUUUGGGUUGACAUUGGAGAUUACGGUUCCUUGAAUGAUGCUGGAAUUUGGUCAAAUACCGCAAUAAAAAAAGCAUUUGAAAACAAUACUCUAUCUAUACCGAGGGCUUGUCCUUUACCUAAUACAAAUUGUUCAUUACCAUUUUGUGUUGUUGGUGAUGAAGGUUUCCCUCUUAAAACAUAUUGUAUGCGUCCAUUUGCAAGAAGAAAUUUACAAAAUAAUGAUCAAAAAGUUUUUAAUUACCGAUUAUCAAGAGCACGUCGUGUCGUUGAAAAUGCUUUUGGAAUACUCGUUUCACGAUGGCGAAUUUUACAUAAACCAUUAGCUCAGAAAUUAGAUACUGUAGAAAAAAUUAUUCAAGGGGUAACUUGUUUACAUAAUUACAUUAUAUCUACUAAUACAACAAACAAUCAAUAUUUACAUGAAGGAAUAGAUCAAGAAAUUGCUAAUGGCGAAGUAAUAUCAGGAAAUUGGCGAAAUGUAGUAGGAGAAAAUAGUUUUAUUAAUCCUUUAAGACGAAUCGGUGCUAACGUUGGUACAACUGCUGCUAUCAGACAACGUGAAACUCUUGCUCAAUACUUCGUUUCAGAACAAGGAAAUAUUCCGUGGCAAUGGGAACGUAUAUGA